AUGGCCAUGUUCUCCAGGAGAGACAGUUGGGCAAUCGAUGUAUCGAGAGAUACGGGUGUCCUUGGCUGUAAGUGUGUCCUAUCUGCCAAUUUCGAGCGGGUCAUUCUUAAAGCGUCGAUCAAAAGGGUUCUUCAUCGUUCAGCAUAUGUUGGAGUCAUGCUCGAGGAGGCUACAGCAGCGGGUGUAUGCGUCCUCGUCGGUGCGAAUGUGGUGGACAUCGACUUUGAAAUUCCACAUGUGGUUCUCGAUGACGAGAGGAUCAUCAAAGCCGACGUAAUUGUGGGCGCCGACGGGUUGUGGUCAACAACUCGAGACAAGCUGCUGGGCACUUUAUCACCGCCAAUUGAGACAGGAGACUUAGCCUAUCGAGCCACGUUCAAUCGAGCUGAACUGCUGGCCAUAGACAAUGUGCGGGUGACUGAGCUAUGUUCACGCAGAAGUGUAAAUAUUUGGUUUGGGCCGGACAGACAUGCUGUCUUCUAUCCAGUUCACGGCGGAGAACAAUUCAAUCUUGUCUUGCUGCGCCCUGACAAUAUCCCGCCCUCAGCGCGAACGGUGCAGGCAGAUAUAGAAGAGAUGAGGUCAACUUUCGACGGCUGGGAUUCCACACUCGAAAAACUCAUUUCUUGUGUUUCAUCCGCGUUAAAGUGGAAGCUGUGCCACCAUAGGGAGCUUGAGACGUGGACGAGGGGCAGCGUGGUCCUGCUAGGAGAUGCAUGCCACCCCACUCUUCCAUAUCAAGCUCAAGGAGCCGCCAUGGCCGUUGAGGAUGGUGCGGUCCUGGGAAGACUGCUUGGAGCAUUCCAAUCCGAUGCAAGUCCCGAGAAGUCGCUCCUUGCUGUUCUCAAGCUCUACGAGAGCUUGCGCAAAUCCCGCACCACGACCAACGUUCAGGCUGCCACCAGCAAUCGAAAAAUGUUUCACAUGUCUGACGGACCCGAACAGGUCAAGCGGGACGCGGAGCUGAGAACAGCGGAUUAUACCAAGCCAAGUGCUUUCAGGUGGCUUGAUCCUGAGCAUAAUAUGGAUAUGCUGGGUUUUGACGCUAUCUUGGAUAGUGAGAAAGCUUACAAAGUACUCGUAGCAUCUACAUUGGGUACCUAG